AUGACUCAAGGUCAAGGAUCAGGUCGAGCUUGGAAUCAUAAGCUCAAUCAGAUUCUUGUGGAAUUGGAGUUCGUUCGUUGUGAUAAGGAACCUGCUCUGUAUCGAAAACAAGUAAAUGAGCAUUUGUUGAUUGUUGCGGUUUACGUUGAUGAUCUUCUUGUUACUGGAAGCAGCUUGAGUUUAAUUCGUGAGUUUAAACUCAAAAUGUCAAGUCGAUUUGAGAUGAGUGACCUUGGCAAGUUGACAUAUUACCUUGGCAUUGAGGUUGUGCAAGAAAGCAGUGGAAUUACGUUGAAACAGGGGAGAUAUGCGGCUAGGAUUCUCGAAGAAGCUGGUAUGACAGAGUGUAAUGCCGUACAAGUUCCAAUUGACUCAGGUACGAAACUCUCUAAAUCAAUGGCAGAACAAUCUAUUGAUGAACAAGAGUUUAAAAGAAGCAUUGGCUGUCUUAGAUAUCUAAUUCAUACCCGACCUGAUCUGUCGUUUGCUGUUGGAAUCUUAAGUCGCUAUAUGCAUUGUCCAAAGAAGAGUCAUGGGGUUGCUUUAAAACAUGUUUUGAGGUAUUUACAAGGAACUACAGAGUAUGGUCUCACGUUUAAACGAGGAGAUAACUCGGGUUUAGUCGGUUAUAGCGACAGUAGCUACAAUGUUGAUGAAGAUGAUGGCAAGAGUACUAGCAGACACAUCUUUUAUUUGAAUGGCUGUCCUAUUACUUGGUGUUCUCAAAAGCAGGAAACGGUGGCUUUGUCCUCUUGUGAAACUGAAUUCAUGGCGGCUACUGAAGCAGCAGAGCAGGCUAUUUGGUUGCAAGAUUUGCUCUCGGAAGUAACUAGUGAAGCUCUUAAGAAGGUGACUGUUCGUAUAGACAACAGGUCAGCUAUAGCACUCACCAAGAAUCUUGUUUUCCAUGGUCGCAGCAAACAUAUCCAUAGGAAGUAUCACUUCAUUCGUGAAUGUGUUGAAGAUGAGCAGAUAGAAGUUGAAUAUGUCCCUGGUGUUGAGCAAAAGGCUGAUAUCUUGACAAAACCUCUUAGUAGAAUCAAGUUCAGUGAAAUGAGAGGCUUCACUGGAGUUCAAGAUGUGAGUGAGCAUGGUGUUAAGCUUAAGGGGGAAAAUGUUGUUGUAAGCUUGAAGUAG